AUGAAAACACUUACUGGCACUAUGGUAAGUGGAAAUGGACGUAAUAGUUCGACGAGUACGACAACAGUGACAACAACAACAUCAACGACGGCAACAACAACAACAGCAACGACAACUACAACAACAACUACAACAACAACGACAACAACGACAACAACAACGACAACAACAACGACAACAACAACAACAACUACAACAACAACGACAACAACAACGACAACAACAACGACAACAACAACAACAACAACCACAACAACAACAACAACAACUACAACGACCACAACAACAACAGCAACGACAACUACAACAACAACGACAACAACAACUACAACAACAACGACAACAACAGCUACGACAACCACAACAACAUCAGCAACAACAACAACAACAAGUACGUCCAUGUGUUCGAUAUGUUAA